UAUCCGCGUGUCGUCCAUGUUCCGAAUGUGGUGUAACUUAUUUUUGUUUUGUAUUAAUUUUCAGUAUAGUAAUUAUAAAUGUGAAAUGAUACAAAAUGUGUUGUCCCAUAUAGUGGAACCUUGCUUUGGCUGAAUGGAUCCCUACGUCGGGUGGUAUCAGCCCGAGCAGGAAGGACCCGCGAAGCGCUUGUGGCUUCGUAUCUGGGAAACUCAAAGUGAAACAGACAAAAUGAACCUCAAAAACUUAGAGAACGCUAAUCCCAAUGUGAAUAAAGCACAAGACUUUAUACCAUUAAACGAAGUGAACGGUGAAAAUAGGAAUAAUAAUUAUUUCAAUCCUACUCGAAGGAAAGCGAACGAUAACCGCGCAUCUACGUUUAACCUGAAUCAGAACCACGAUGCUCUCAUAGGUGAAUACGGCGGCUGCCCGUGGCGGAUACCUAACUACAAUUACAAGCCGGGAGUUUUGGGGCUCCACGAGGAGAUCGAGCACUUCUACAUGUACAUGUCCCCGACGGAGACGGAGCACCUGGUCCGCUCCACCGUCGUCAGCCGCAUCCGAAGCACGAUCCUCUCGCUGUGGCCCCAGGCGCGCGUCGAGGUCUUCGGUUCAUUCCGCACCGGUCUCUACUUGCCCACCAGUGAUAUCGACCUCGUGGUUAUAGGUCAAUGGGAGAAACUACCGUUGUGGACGCUAGAACGCGAGCUGGUGACGCAGAACAUCGCUGAGAAGGAGAGCAUCAAAGUGCUGGAGAAGGCCACCGUCCCCAUCGUCAAAAUGACGGACAAAUACUCCGAUGUCAAGGUGGAUAUAUCGUUCAACAUGAGCAGCGGGGUCAAGAGUGCGGAGCUCAUCAAGCAGUUUAAGGAAAAAUACCCAGUACUAUCUCGUCUAGUCAUGGUCCUCAAGCAGUUCUUACUGCAGCGCGACCUGAACGAAGUGUUCACUGGGGGCAUUUCAUCGUACUCGCUGAUCCUCAUGUGUAUCAGUUUCCUUCAACUACAUCCACGCCCCGAACGUCUCCGUCAACCUCACAACUUGGGCGUGCUGCUCAUAGAGUUUUUCGAACUAUAUGGACGCAAGUUCAACUACGUCAAGACGGCGAUACGAGUGAAGAACGGGGGAUCGUAUGUCUCGAAGGAUGAAUUACAAAAGGAAAUGAAUGACGGACACCGCCCAUCGCUGCUCUGCAUAGAAGAUCCGUUGACCGCCGGCAACGAUAUCGGUCGCUCCAGCUACGGCGCGAUACAAGUCAAACAGGCGUUCGACUACGGCUACAUAAUCCUGCAGCAGGCCGUCGCGCCUCACAACGCUCUGCUGGCGCGCCACAGCGUGCUGGGCCGAGUGGUGCGAGUGACCGACCACGUGCUGCAGUACCGGCGCUGGGUGCGAGACACCUUCGAGCCCUUCUUCUUCCCGCAGCGCGUUCGCCCGCGCCGUCCCCAUUCGCCCGAUCGAUCGCCCGACCGCUCGCCCGAUCAGUCGCCCGACCAGUCGCCCGAGCCCUCGCCCGACCACGGGCCGGGCGCGCGCACGUCGCCGCCGCCGCUGUCGGCGCUGCAGUGCUCCUCGCCCACGCCGCGCCGCGUGUCCGCGCACCAGAACCUCAUCAUCCACCACAUCACCUCCAACUCCGACUUCAACAACAUACCCUCAGGUGAAUACGGUGAGCCCGCACUCCGCACUACCGCCACACACGUGCGCUCCUCGCCCACGCCGCGCCGCGUGUCCGCGCACCAGAACCUCAUCAUCCCCCACACCACUACCACGCCCCCCCACUGA